CUGUCAGAAAUUUUCUACCGCUGCGUUUUGUUGUUUUGUUGCUGUGAAAAGCUGUACAAAAAUUGGCUUUCCUACAGUUCUACUAAAAAUAUCUUCAAUCCAGAACGCGCACAAGUGAUAUUUGCUGCUUCGGAGUGCAAUCUACCAGGAGAACAAUCUCCCAAUCGUGUGAAGAACAUAGCUUUCCGCAGCAAUCGUGCGUCGAUAGGCUUUGUUGUGUAAGCAAGGACAAUCCGGGACUCGCAUGUCGUCGGAUCGCAAAACUACAAACGUUUGUGCGUGUCACAAUGGCUGAACGGUGGAACAUUAGCAAUAGUGCGUUGCGAGGUGGCUUAGGCACUGGUGGCAUGGGCAGUGGAAGCAAUACGGGCACCAACGGUGUUGGGAACGGCACAUGCAUUAGCUUAGCGCAUCCCGGAGGGCUAGCGACGGCAGAUGGUGUCGGCAGCAGCAUCGGCAACGGUGGAGCAGGAAUCUCAGCAGGACCACACGGCACGGGUAGCACCGGCGGGACCACAACAACCUUCAGUGCACCAAAUGGCGAGUCGGGCAUUUUACGGCGCACCGGCCACUAUCAUCAUCACGGUGGCGCACCGGACAACUUUGACGAUCUGCUCGUGUUCGGGUACUCGUGCAAGGUGUUCCGCGACGACGAGCGGGCACGGUUCAUCGAUCAGGGCCGGCAUCUGAUACCGUGGAUGGGCGACAAUCAGUUGAAGAUAGACAGGUUAAUAGCUCCUUUCUCUACCUUCUAUACCAUUUUAUUUCUGCUCAACCUAAAAACAUGCAAUAUCAGAACAAAAAACGUUUGUACCAAUCAAGCCUAAGCCAAACAGUGCACGUGCAGCGGCAUUCAACACAGCAACAGUUCCAGGCCGUAACAGCAUCCCAGCGCACCGAACGGUUUACGGGGUUGCUUGAUGUUUGCUCUUCCGCUGAUGGAUGACAGCUACCGAGCGCUGAGAAGAACGCGCUCUCACCAAACCAUCCGGUUACCGUGGCAACGUGGUGAUACAAGCGUCGCAAAAAAAAAGAAUGGAACGUACCGGCCGGAAAGGAUCAACCUCGACUUCUUCUUGCAAACGAUCCAUCGAUCGUAGGCUGUUGUGUGCUAAUUGAACAGUGCUUUGCAACUUGUGCGGAACUGUGGACUUUCCGUUCGAACCGCCCCCAAAAUCCAAGUAGCAGCCGUAUGCCUCGAAAGAACCAAAAAAACCGUACGUUAUACCAUUCAUUUUUAGGUCUCAAAAUAUUCAAAACAAUUCCAACACACCAAAAGUAGUCGAUCGGCGGCAGUGAUAUGAUGCUCGCGGUGCACUGCACGAUCUUUCACCGUACGAACCACCGCCCGGUGGAUAUCAGGAUCGUUUGGAGGGUCUGACGGCGGCGGAGCAAAAGGCAGAGCAGCUGUGCGAAGAGGAACGGUACUACAGUCUGUACAACAAUGAGGUGGAAGAGGAAAUGUUUCAAGAAGAAGCCCGCAAGCGGGAAACGCUGUUGGGCAACCAGAUCCCAUUCAACUACGACGCACCAUUACCUCAGGAAGGGGCCACCGUUGCCACGGUGGAAGCACGCACCAGCGACGACGAGCAGGAUGACGAUCCGUACAAAGCGCCCAAAGGGUUCGACAUUCCUCCCGACAUUCCAUUGCCCGAAAGCAUGAAGGAGCACACGGUCAUCGAGAAGACGGCCAAGUUUAUCGCAUCCCAGGGCGGUCAGAUGGAGAUUCUGUUGAAGACCAAGCAGGCGAACAAUCCGCUGUUUGAUUUUCUCAACCAAAGUGGCCGUUUAUUUCGUUACUAUCGACAUGUGCUGCUCGCAUUUCGUACCAACCAGUAUCCGAUUGUGACGGAGUAUCAGAGGGACGAGUCGAAGGAAGCGAUAGCGAACGAUGGGAAUGGUACGGAUGGGGAGCAGAGUGAAUCCGCCCAAACACGACCAAAAAUAGUUGUUCCAGCUAUCAAGUACAAACCAUCGGUGGAUUGUGCGUACACACAGCUUAUUAGCAAGAUUACCGGUGCUCCCAUACCGACCAUGAUUGCGGAGGAAUCGAGCAACGUAACGGCGGAUGGGCCGACAAACGCGCAACCACUUACCUCGCUCAGCACGGACGUUGAAUACUUUCCCGAAGGUACGGCUGCUACCGUCGAGGUAAAGAAAGUAUCGACCGGUUUGGCCGGGUUGGUACAGUACGAUUCCGACAGUGGCGAUAGUGACGAGCAGGACGAUGGGAAAGAUUUGGCCCAGAACGAGAGAAACAAAACGGAAAGCGCGAAAAAGGUUCAGGAGCUGGCCCCUUUUCAGGGCAUUGUUCCACCGCUAAACGUCCACAACGUGAUCGACCGAACGGCGAUAUAUGUGGCAAAGAAUGGGUACAGCUUUGAGGAGGCAUUGCGUGCGAAAAACGAUGCUCGCUUUGUGUUUCUCAACCAAGCGCACGAAUACUAUCCGUACUAUGCGUACCGUGUGCGUCAGCGCAUGACCGCGGGCGAGCAACCGCCCAGUCCACCACCGGCAAAGGUACGGAUGGAAACGGAGAACGGAACGGUGGUGGAAACGACGCCCAGUUUGGGCAUUAAAGCGGUUCACACGGCAGCCCCGAAGACAGUCCCUGCGCCGGUAACGAACAUUCAGCACCAGAAGCUGGGAGCACCGGUUAGUUUUUCGCUCGUCCGGAAGCCGAAAGACGAUGGUGGUGGUGGUGGCGGUGGUGGUGGUACGGUGAAGACGAUGCCGGGGCUAGGGAGCGAUGAGGACGAGGAAGACGAUAAAGGGCAGAAGCAGCAGGAAGAUGGCAACCACAAGCAGGAUACUGCCGGAGAUGGAGAGACUGCUGCGGUGAAGAAUUCUUCCGACAGUAAGGAGCAUGAUCGGAGUGAGCUUCUUAAAGUCCUUAAAGAAGACACCGACAGCGAACUGCUUCUGGAUGGGGUGGAUGUACUGGAAGCGAGCUCUCCACCCACUUCUGCAAGCCACCGGUCCGAAAGGGAACCGACCGAUGCGAAGGAAAAACAGGCAGAACGUAAGAAACGUGCCAAUAUGUUCGUGAAUCUAAUCAAGCACGUCGAACGGAAGGUUGAUGUAGUGGUGGUGGUGCAAGAGCGGGCGGAAAACAAUUCGCAGGCGGAAAAGCUUGCGCCACCAGCCGGUGAAUCCAUCUCGAAAGACGCAGUUAAUAGUGACGUGGAAGAAGGAUCCAUUCAUUCGGUGCGUUCGACCAGCAUGUCACCGAAAGAGUCGAAUAUAAAAACCUCGUCUGGGAUUUCUAAUGAGGCCACCACGACGACGACGACGGUGAUUGAAGACGAUGAUGACGAUGAUGUUGUGCUGGUGAGCGAAACACGCCCAAAACCACUCUCGCCACGUUCCCGAUCCCGUUCCCACGCCGAUUACCUCUCCGAUACGCCACGUUCCAGCAAUGGUCGUCGGUCUAAGAAGAAAAAGUCUAAAAGCCGGCAUCGCUCCUCGCGGGUGAAGAAAAAAUCGAAGAAGAAAUCCCGCUCCCGUUCAGUGUCCCGCUCCGAACGAUCAAGCUCCCGGCAUUCGCGCAGUCGCAAGCGUAGCCGCAGUAGAACGCGCCGCGGACGCUCUAAAUCGCACAGCCGAUCGAGCAGUGAAGACGACCACAGCAGCAGCCGUGGAGAUCGUGUGAGGCGAUUGAAAAAAUCCAAACGUGCCACCCGCAGUAGAUCAAGCUCAAGAUCACGAUCCCGAUCCCGUACACCUUCCUACAAGCGGUCCCGAUCGCGAUCGCGCUCCAGAACGAAACGAUCCCGGAAGCGGAACGCAUCCUCCGAGCGGCAUAAGCGGAAGCAUCGAUCGCGUAGCCGUAGCUCGAGGCGCAACAGUGAUAGUGAUAAGGACGAGCGUAGCAGACGCGCAGACCGUGGUCAUCGGAGACGCGAUGGACACUACGAGUACGACGAACGGUAUCCACCGGCAAGGGCACGAUACUGGGAUUGUUAAACGAGACGACGCCGGUCCGGUGACUGCAGUGACUGACCACGAACCUAACAUAGACGGGAUUGGCAUAGGGGAAAUCAAUCUAAUGUGUAUAAUGACAAAAUAAAUUUGAGUCACCAACUCAAGUACCGGGUUUACGGUAUGGAAAAU